GCUAGAAAUCUUCAUACAGGAGAACUGGCUGCUGUAAAAAUAAUCAAGUUAGAGCCUGGAGAUGACUUUUCCUUGAUACAGCAAGAAAUAUAUAUGGUUAAAGAGUGCAAGCACUGCAACAUUGUAGCCUAUUUUGGGAGCUACCUCAGCCGUGAAAAGCUGUGGAUAUGUAUGGAGUACUGCGGUGGAGGAUCCCUUCAAGAUAUUUACCAUGUAACAGGACCUCUGUCAGAGUUACAAAUUGCUUAUGUAUGCAGAGAAACUCUACAGGGUCUUGCUUAUUUGCAUAUGAAGGGCAAAAUGCACAGAGAUAUAAAGGGUGCAAAUAUUCUACUAACAGACCAUGGAGAUGUCAAAUUAGCGGACUUUGGUGUAGCAGCAAAAAUAACAGCCACCAUUGCGAAGAGAAAAUCGUUUAUUGGUACCCCUUACUGGAUGGCCCCAGAAGUUGCAGCGGUGGAAAAGAACGGUGGAUACAACCAGCUCUGCGAUAUCUGGGCGGUUGGCAUCACAGCGAUCGAACUCGCAGAACUCCAGCCGCCUAUGUUUGAUCUUCACCCGAUGAGGGCAUUGUUUUUAAUGUCAAAAAGUAAUUUUCAACCACCAAAGCUAAAGGAAAAAGCAAAAUGGUCAUCGAUAUUCCAUAAUUUUGUCAAAAUAGCACUUACAAAAAAUCCGAAGAAGAGACCAACAGCAGAAAGACUCCUUUCUCAUAGUUUUGUAGGGCAGCCUGGUCUUUCGAGAUCUUUAGCAGUUGAGCUGUUGGACAAAGUUAAUAAUCCUGACAACCAUGCACACUACAGUGAAGCUGACGAUGAUGAUUUUGAGCCGCACUCCGUUAUUCGCCAUACAAUUCGUUCUACAAACAGGAACGUUAGGGCAGAAAGAACAGCGUCAGAGAUAAACUUUGAUAAGCUACAGUUCGAGCCUCCUCUACGGAAAGAAACAGAAGCUCGAGAUGAAAUGGUUGUAGCAGCCGGCACUGACUUCGCUUCACAUUGGAAUCCUUUUGUUGACGGUGGAAGCAGCAGGGCGCUCCUUACAAAAUUUGGCGAUGGGAGUGAAGAUGUUGAAGAAUCAACCCUAAAGCGAGCAGGGCCACCUCCACUACCUCCUAAGCCAAGAAUAAACAGUUAUCCUGAGGAAAACCUGCCAGAUGAUGAGAAGUCUCAGACAAUAAAGCAUUUUCCUGACUCGCAAAACAGAGCCCCGCCAGCUCAUAGGAGACAGAGUAUUCCUGUUUGUGGGCCUCAGACCGAUUCUUCCCCCAUCGGUAUGACCAGCAGCAUCAGUAGCCCUGGAUUGCUUACAGCUAGAUACAGCGACUUGGGAAAUGGCGAUGGCAUGCUGAAACUCAUUGAAGAAAGUGUUGAAGGGUCCGGACAAAUCCCUCAACUGCCACGUAAAAAAGAGAAAAGAGAUUUUCCUAAGCCAGCAAUCAAUGGUUUACCACCAACACCAAAGGUGCUGAUGGGAGCAUGUUUUUCAAAAGUCUUUGAUGGUUGCCCUUUGAAGAUUAAUUGUGCAACAUCAUGGAUACAUCCAGAUACUAAAGAUCAGUACAUUAUCUUUGGAACUGAAGAGGGUAUCUAUACUUUGAAUUUGAACGAACUUCAUGAAGCAACAAUGGAACAGUUAUUUCCCCGAAAGUGCACCUGGCUGUAUGUUAUCAAUAACACCUUAAUGUCAUUGUCAGAAGGGAAAACAUUCCAGCUCUACUCCCAUAAUUUAAUAGCUUUGUUUGAACAAGCCAAAAAAACAGGAUUAGCUGCUCAUAUUCAAACUCAUAGGUUUCCUGACAAAAUAUUACCAAGGAAGUUUGCCUUAACGACAAAGAUCCCUGAUACAAAAGGAUGCCACAAAUGCUGUAUAGUCAGAAAUCCAUACACAGGACAUAAGUAUCUGUGUGGGGCACUGCAGUCUGGAAUUGUUCUUCUACAGUGGUAUGAGCCAAUGCAGAAGUUCAUGUUAAUAAAGCACUUUGAUUUUCCUUUGCCAAGCCCUUUGAAUGUGUUUGAAAUGCUAGUGAUACCAGAGCAGGAGUACCCGAUGGUCUGUGUAGCUAUCAGUAAGGGUACUGAACUAAAUCAAGUAGUUCAGUUUGAGACAAUCAACUUGAACUCUGCAUCUUCAUGGUUUACAGAAAUUGGUGCAGGCAAUCAGCAGUUAGAUGCCAUUCAUGUAACACAGCUGGAAAGAGACACCGUCUUAGUCUGCCUAGACAAAUUUGUGAAAAUUGUGAAUUUACAAGGGAAGUUGAAAUCAAGCAAGAAAUUGGCCUCUGAGCUGAGCUUUGAUUUCUGCAUCGAAUCAGUGGUGUGCCUUCAAGACAGUGUGCUGGCCUUCUGGAAGCAUGGCAUGCAGGGCAAAAGCUUUAAGUCAGAUGAAGUUACCCAAGAGAUAUCAGAUGAGACCAGGGUUUUCCGCUUACUGGGAUCAGACAGGGUGGUAGUGUUAGAGAGCAGGCCAACAGAAAAUCCGACCGCGCACAGCAAUCUCUACAUCCUGGCUGGACAUGAAAAUAGUUACUAAGCAACAGAACGAACUCACCACAUCAGGAAAAAAGAAGCAUUAAAAAAACUCAGUACAAGUCGGACUAUGACUUCCUGUUUCUUUUCUUGACACCUAAAGGAUCUUGUUUUAGGGUAGAAAUCAAUACAUUUUUGCAGCUGGGAACAGCUGGUUCUGUCUCUUGCCACUGUGUGGUUGGUUAUAUCAAGUUUGCUUAAUAAAAGCUAUGAGAUAAAUAGUCCUUUACUCAUUAGUCAUAGGGAAACAGAGCCUUUAAAAUAACGUUAAGCCGUAAAGGUGCCAUAAACUGUUGAAUAUUUUACUUCCCUUGGAUUUUCCUUGUAUUCUGUAGAUAUAGAUAGAGUGCUGGCUGUUUCCCUGUUUUAUACUGAGUCUUAUUCUUAAUACAAAUGAUUUGUGUAGGAAGUGAAAGUAUCUGCAAAGCUUUUUGUUUUUAAAUCUGCCAUUCAGUAUGGCUUUGUAUAAUAGACUAUUUAAUCCUUAUUUAUUAAUCUGCUGCUAGAAUGGUGUAAUGUAUCUAACUUUUAGCAAAGGAAGGUUGCAGAGCAGCUUACAAUUUUUUUUUACAAUUGUAUAAAGAUUUGAUUAUUCUUUUUUCUUGUAGAGAUGUAGUGCAUUCUUGAGGGAUAUGUUACAAUGUUGGUUGAUCUUGUAAAAAUGCAGUUUUGUACAACAAAGUAUUUUGUAUUGAUUUUGCCUGCAGAAUUGCCAUAAAAGGGAUUUUCUUAUUUACUAGAUGUAGGGUGUGUGUACACAAAAUAUAAUAUUGAUAUCAAACAUGUUGCUACUGGAUGGGUGUGUACAAUAUACGUGUGUGUGUGUGUGCAUGUGUGGUAAGUUGACCGGCAGUGUGUAUUUUUUAUAUAUAUAUAUUUAUAUAUUAUAUAUAAAAAUGUACAAAAUAUAUAUGCUUUAUUUUCAUAAAUUAGGGAUAAGCCUUGUGACGUGAAAUGGAAAUAUAUGCGGAUUGUACCUGGUCAUCCUUAAUGAAUGAAAGUAUCAUGUAUCAAACUGCCCAUGACGUAUACUUUAUUUAUACUAUUCCAGAGGGGAGCCUAUAGGGAUAACUGAGCUUUCUAACUUUUUGUUUGUACAGUCAUCCAGCUGUUGUCAGUCAGACUGUCAUUUGCGGAUGGUUAUUUCCCCAACUGUGUAGUAUAAAUAAAUAUGAUAAGAACCAGUAUUCUAUAAUAAAGCUUCAGAUCACUUCUUCCCUUCCCCGAUUUUUAGUUUGUCACCUGCAUUUUUCUUUUUCUUUAUUUCUCCAUUAAAGAGUCACAUUGGUCUCUUUUGUCUUCCUCAUUAAUUAAAAUUCUUGAGGUACCAUUAAAUAUGAAUAUAGUCUGACUACAGGAUAGGGUAUGGUUUUACUACCUCACGCUAACCUGCAAGCUUUGAUGCAAAUAAACACAGUCCAUAGGCGGAUACAGUAGCAGUUCAUUAACAUUUGAAUGGAGGGUUUUUUUAAUGAAAUGCUACUGUAUACUGCUGUCUGAUUCAAUUUGUGUGAUCUGCUGCCCUUAGAAAAACAGGUUAGAAGCUUCACAAGUUAUUUUAAUAGAGCAAUAAAGGUAAGUGUGUUACAAUGGCUUGCCCUGACUUGAGGCUCUGCUGACACAGCAGAAUCCGAGUGGUUUGAUCUGAACUCGCACUGUGAAGAAUGGAGAGCUGGGUUGUCUGCUUAGGCAUCAAACUACUUGAUUCAUAAUUUAGCAUUGAUGGAAUUAACUCAGCGCACGUGAUGAAUCAGUAAUGUCUUUUUGUUACUAGGUACAGCUGGAGUUUUAGGUUGUUCUGAAGGUCUGGAAGGAAAACAAGACCUGCACACAAUUUAGCAUUUUGUCCACUUAGCACUGUCAUUCAAACUAAUUCUUUCUUGUUGAUUUGAUAUUUAAAUCAAGGCAACCUUUUCAGUUCUGAAACUAUAUCGAGGUUUAAUAAAUAAGUGUACAGACAGGACUUAAAAAAUCAGUCCACAAUGUUCUGAAAAAUAUUUUAAGUCGUCAAUUGUAAUUGGAGAUGAAAUAUUAAAAAAAAGACACUUAAGAUUUGUGUUUUAAAGAAAUUGAGGGAAAGGAGUGUGUUGUAACAUGAAGUCCAUUAUUUUAGCUUCUAAAACUGACUUAUUUCUGGAAGUUAUUCUCAAGUAGUUCCAUAACUGGACAGCAAAAAUCUGUGGCUGUUUGAGUCCCUCCUUUAUAAUGAACGAGGCGAUCAGAAAAAAAUUGAUGUUUGCAUACAUUUUUUCAGCUAUGUAUUUGAUAAAGAACAAUUUUGGCUAAGAGAUUUCUUGAUCUGAUUUUUCCAUGUUAGGGAAAUAUUUUAACAGGUGCUGUUAUCAGGAGAAUCUGUUAUUACCCAUGCAUGAUUUUGGCUAGAAUAAGCGGCCUCAUUGGAGGUUAGCAUUACGUGGCGUUUAACUGUUCUCUAGUACUGAAAUUACUUCUGCCAUAGGCAACAGUGAUUGGUGACUAACUCUAAAAAGGUAUAACUCCUAGACGACCAUGACUUCAAAACAAAAAUGAAGACAAAAGUAAAGCGUAGAUGUUGACGUAGAGGAAACAUUUUCACAUAAUUUACCUCACUCACUGCAGAAGGAAAUUUUGGCUUCAUCUUUGAAAACACUUAGGAUGCCUAAAAGACUAGAGAAAUCUGUAAAUAAAAUAUGAGUAUUUAUGGGGAAUAACUGGAGUAAAUAACUAUUAGGUCAUUACACUGUCAUGGAACAAAUAAGUAUUUUUCUUUGAAUGACAUGAGUGACUGGGGAUUUGCUGAAUCAUAAAAACGAAUCUAGGAAAAGUCCUCCUUUAAUCAAACCUCCUAUUUCAGUUGUUAAAGCAUUUCUAGUGGUAUAUUCUGAAAUGCUUUGUCCAGUCUGGCUCAGUAGAUUAAUGGGAUUUCUGACAUGAUCUGCAGGAUACUGUUUCCUAGGGUAAAACUUCACGUUCCUAUCUUAGCGGAGCAUGGCAUAACUGAUUUGCAUGUUUCAUAGCUAAACCACCCAGUCUCAGUGGGCGACGCUGACUAGUAUCUCUUAGACUGUUUUAAGUUAGUUUGGUAUUGUCUGUAUCUGUGUAUGUUUUUGUAACAUUUCAGCCAGGGUUGAGAAAAGCGUAGAGUGUGAUUUUGGAAUUUCAGAAGCAAAGACUUGUUCACUCUCUCAUUACUCUUUUGACAGAUAUCACAGUAUUAGUUGUUUGAUACACGAGGUUCAUAGAUUCAAGCUGAAAGCCUUACAACAGGCUCCCCGUGUUCUUUGAAGCGCGAGCAGUACUUGAAAAGCAGCCUGUAGAUUAGUCUCUCUUGAUUUCCUAACCAAAUUCAUUGUAACUGAGAAAUACAACUGUAAUUGUGAUGACAUCUGAUUAAAAGAUGAAAGGUACAAUGCAUCAGUGAGCCACUAUGUCUGGGGGAGGAAGGGAGUAAAGACUGGGAGACUUUCUGAAAUGUACUUUUUACCUUGCUUAGUUAUUAGAUUGUAACUGAGACUCUUAACUGCACUUGCUCCAGUUUGUGCAACUAGGCUUUGUUCUACUUAAAUUUCUGUUGUGGUUCAUUUCAGUCUAUGCCAAAUAAACUAUGCUUUGAUACCUGGA